GCCUUCGGUCCGCAUCCAGCCACCAGCAAAGCCACAGACUAGAGGACUGCAAAGACGCUGGGAUCUACUCGUGGUGGCACCGAGCGUGGCGCCGGCAGCUCUCCCAUCCUGGGCGUAGAGCCCGCGCAUCUCUGAGGCCAUCCGCUGCGGUGCAACUUCCCCAGUGGCGAGGCAACUUUGGGCUAACCUGCAGGCUCUUUCCAGGUAGAGCGCCUGAGAGCGCCUGACCCUUUCCCGGGACCCACGCUCAAGCGCAUCUGCAGAGGCUCAAAGGAGGUCUGCAUCUUGCAGAGACUCAAAGGAGAUCAGGCAAACCGGGAUUUCUGCGGUGGUGGCUGAGCAGCCCAGUGGCUGGGCUUGUGUCCUGAGACCCAGGGCGGAAGGAGGCAGAUCAGUGCCCGGGUGCCCCGGCAGACACCUGGACAACUCAUCGGGCCCCGCCCCACGAGCCACGCUUUAAAGAGCAGCAAGGCCGGGUGCUCCCUCGCGGUCGCGGUCACGGUCAUGGAGGGCACCCCUGCAGCCAACUGGAGCUUCGAGUUGGACCUCGGGAGUGGAGUGUCGCCGGGGGUGGAGGGCAACCUCACAGCCGGGCCACCGCAGCGCAACGAGGCCCUGGCACGCGUGGAGGUGGCGGUGCUGUGCCUCAUUCUGUUCCUGGCGCUGAGCGGCAACGCGUGCGUGCUGCUGGCGCUGCGCAUCACACGCCACAAGCACUCGCGCCUCUUCUUUUUCAUGAAGCACCUGAGCAUCGCUGACCUGGUGGUGGCUGUGUUCCAGGUGCUCCCGCAGCUGCUGUGGGACAUCACCUUCCGCUUCUACGGGCCCGACCUGCUGUGUCGUCUGGUCAAGUACUUGCAAGUGGUGGGCAUGUUCGCUUCCACCUACCUGCUGCUGCUUAUGUCGCUCGACCGCUGCCUGGCCAUCUGCCAGCCGCUGCGCUCUCUGCGACGCCGAACCGACCGCCUGGCGGUGCUAGCGACAUGGCUGGGCUGCCUGGUGGCCAGCGCGCCGCAGGUGCACAUUUUCUCACUGCGCGAAGUGGCGGACGGUGUUUUUGACUGCUGGGCUGUCUUCAUCCAGCCUUGGGGACCCAAGGCCUAUGUCACGUGGAUCACGCUUGCCGUCUACAUUGUGCCUGUCAUAGUGCUGGCCGCCUGCUAUGGCCUCAUCAGCUUCAAGAUCUGGCAGAACCUGCGACUCAAGACGGCAGCGGCGGCGGCCGAGGGGACUGAGGGAUCUGCUGCCGGUGGAGCUGGGCGUGCGGCGCUGGCUCGAGUCAGUAGCGUCAAGCUCAUCUCCAAGGCCAAGAUCCGCACAGUGAAGAUGACCUUCAUCAUUGUACUGGCCUUCAUCGUGUGCUGGACGCCUUUCUUCUUCGUGCAGAUGUGGAGCGUCUGGGACGUCAAUGCGCCCAAGGAAGCUUCUGCCUUCAUCAUCGCCAUGCUCUUGGCCAGCCUCAACAGCUGCUGCAACCCCUGGAUCUACAUGCUGUUCACGGGCCACCUCUUUCACGAACUUGUGCAGCGCUUUCUCUGCUGCUCUGCCCGCUACCUGAAGGGCAGCAGGCCCGGAGAGACGAGUGUCAGCAAGAAAAGCAACUCGUCCACCUUCGUCCUGAGUCGCCGCAGCUCCAGCCAGAGGAGCUGCUCUCAACCAUCUUCAGCAUGAGCCACCUGUCUGGCCCACCGCGCCUGCGGCGGGGGAGGGGGGCUAUGCGGACUCCAGUCUGCCCCUGGUGGCCGUGCGUGGAGUUGUAUAAGGUGCCUAUUGGUGUGUAUCCCUCUCCUCCUUGGGGUGGCUAGCGAGUGGGGGCAUGUUCUGACUUGGGGUGGGGAAAUGUCUCUAUGUGAGAUGCCAGUCACUCAGCCAUCAGAGGGUCUUCUGGGUUCCCACCUGUGCUUCUACUACCCCAACCUGAGUGCUCUCGGGUAGUGGGUGGGCUCUCCUGAACCUGGCUUUCAUUCCAUUAUCUUUCUUACUUAUUUAUCUUGGGAUCUUGUAAAAGGCAGUAAGCCAUGGAUUGGUGACCAGUUAUGUGAGGAAACCCAGUGGGCUAGGACAAGGAAUGGGAAAUGAGGCUUCAGAUACAGAGUGGUGCUGAUUUCCUUGUGACCUGAGUUGUGCGGACAGAUCUUAGCAUCCUCAGGGGCCAGAGUGUCCCAGGAAAACAAUGGGGACCGGAGACUGAAUCGUGAGGCCACCUGCCUCAGGAAGGCAACAAGAACACGGGCUGAAGUGUUGAAGAAGCUGAUGCUUGGUGAACAUUUGGGAAGGAAAAGAUGAGAGUCAUCCAGGAGAGACAGGACUGGGGAGAACUGUUUGUACACGACACUGACCCAUGCUUAUGAGACCCCGAGGAACACGCAUGCAUGUGUGCAUGCACACACGUGCAAGUAGCCCCCUACCCACACACACUCUGGAGCUGACAGUUGAAUAGCAAGGUUGCAGAGUCCCAGAUCAGUGCGCAAAAGCCAUUCAUAUUUCCUUACACUUCUGGUGAACUUAAGAGAUCCUACCCAUAAAUGUGCCAGAAUGAAUAAGGAAGGGCCAGCGUUAGCCGAGGAAAUGUAUGACUUCUGUCCUGAAAGCUGCAAACACCAUGGAAGGAAAUGAAAGGAGACUAAAUAAACAGGGACACCUUGUGCUUAUGGAUCAGAGAUGUAAUAUUGUUGGACAGAUUUGAUGUAAUCCUCAUCAAAAUCCUAGCUGGCUUUGGCAGAAAUUGAUAACCUGAUUCUGAAGUUCCCGAGGAAAUGGGAAUUGGGGUAGUUGAAAUGCAUUGGAUUGUGCGGUUGGUGCAUGAUUUUGAGAACAUAUUAAAAGUCACUGAACCAGGGGCUGAGGAGACGACUCACUUAGAGAAGCACCUGCUGAGCAAGUCUGAGAUGCCCCUCAUCCAAGCAGGAGCCAGGCUCAGUGCGUUUGUAACCUCGGCCCUGGAGGGUGAAGACAGGCGCAUCCCAGAGACUUGCUGGCCUGCUGGCCUAAGAGAUUGAUCAUCUUCGGGUUCUCAAAAUAAAUAACUAAAUAAAAAUUAAGGUAGAGAGUGGAGGAAGACAUCUGAAAUUGACCUUUGGUCUCUACAUGUGGAUAUACAGCAUGCACACACUCACAGGCAAGCAGACAGACAGACAGACAGACAGACAGACACACACACACAAAACCAUGGAACUAAAUACAUUUUAAAAUGUGAAAAAUAAGAGGUCCAAAAGCUGAGUUCUGGGAAAGUCAAAAUGAUGAUGCAUUUCUUGGUCUCUCUUCCUCGAGUGCUGGUUCUCCUGUGUCUCACAACCUCCAAGUGUCUGCGGGAGAGGCUGCUUUCUUCUGGCCAGUGAGAGGGGCGAUCACCCCCAUCUGGCUCUAACAAAGGCCUGAGGGAUGCUCUGCAGCGCCGUGCCCUGUCUUCUUUAGGACAGGCAAUUCCUCUGGAGUCUCAAAGGCUUUGUUUACCCAGUAAGUACGAUUUCAAAUGUCCUCUCAGCCUCGAGGGCAGGACGUGACUCUCUCAGAAAUACCUUCCGUCAUUAAUACAGGACACAACUGACUAGUGGCGUUCUGGCUGUGGCUGGUCACUAUGCAUUCCGGAGUACCUUUGAAAUACCCAGAACUGAUUCUGAACUUCCUGAGAUAUAUCAAGGGUACUUCCCAAAAGCCUCGAAUCUGCAGAUCCACUUUACCACCUCUCCCCGUUUCUGAACACAUUUUCUUCUGCCGCACGGCAAUAUUUGCCCAAACCCACACAUAUACCCAUAGGCACACACACACAGGUAAGUAUGAGAUGGCACAGUCUGGUGUUCAGAGAAGAGGGAGCCAUGGGCUACAGUGCCCAUGGUCAGCAUCCACAGUUUAAGGCAUGCUUGUUGGCACCAGCUGGAGACAGAAGGACUCAGGGGCAUUGCACAGUGGCCCACCUCAUGCAUGUCACCACCAGCUAGUUCUUUGAGAAGCUGGCAGGAUUCUGCUUUGGGGCAUCUUGUGCCUACGUUCUAGGCCACCCGGGUGGCCUGGGUGUACACAUGGCAGCAGGGUGGGGGGCUGUUGGCAUCUGUAUCUUGAAGAUGUCAUUCGUCCCUGCUGUUCACUGAGUAUUUGCCAUUCUUAGAGAAAGGAGGUGUCACCAGGGGUCAACGGGACAGUAACUCAGAUAUUCUGACCAGGGGCACCACGUUUGGACAUUGAAACCCCGGGGGAUACUGUGUCAUUCUGUGUGAAAACUCUAGCUGGUACCUUGGGUCUUGUUAUGGUCCUGACACCUGUGUCUGUGACAUAAAUGACAACUGACUUCAUCAGCAACAUUGGAUUGGCACUUGCUGUCCCAAUCUCACGGGAGAGUAUUUUCACCAUUUCUUGUUAUUUCCCCAACCAAAGCCUAGGAUCUCCAGGGGUCUAAAACACUUCCCCAACCCUGUGUCCUACAUCUUCCUUCCUCAGACUCCACACUUGACAUCCCCAGUGUCCUUUCCGAUUUUCCACCCUGUUACAAUCUGUGUUCAGGUCUGGAGGUUGUAUUAAAUUGGAGCAUGCUGAAUUUUCUGGAGUGUUUCAUUGUUCUGACUAUGAGGAGCCAGUGUGCAAACUGUGAGGGUUAUUUAGGCCCUCCAAAAAAAAAAAUCGACAUUUAAAAAAGCUGUGGUCUUCUUUUGGUAUAAAUCAGACUGAUCUAUUCAGGAAGCAGAAGAGGAUGUGUGUGCAGCCUGCCCGGAUGAUGUUCCUGGUUUCAGCGUAUAAGUGUUUUGUAUUCAAUUGCAACGAGAUGCCACUUAGCACACAGUGUGAAUUCCUUGGUAUUGUUCUUCCAUGGACUUGGUGUGGUGCCUCCUUGUCCCCGCAUCUGGUGAGUGAUGUGGCCAAUCCUGCGUUACCAGUUGCUUCAUAAAAGGUGCACUUAAUAAAUAUUUU